AUGGUGGCGGGACUGGCGGCAGCAUGGCUGCUCCUGGCGUCUGCGGCCUGCGCGCAGCGGGAGCAGGACUUCUACGACUUCAAGGCGGUCAACAUCCGGGGCAAGUUGGUGUCUCUGGAGAAGUACCGCGGCUCGGUGUCCCUGGUGGUGAACGUGGCUAGCGAGUGUGGCUUCACAGACCAGCACUAUCGGGCCCUGCAACAGCUACAGCGGGACCUGGGGCCUCACCACUUCAACGUGCUUGCCUUUCCCUGCAACCAGUUUGGCCAGCAGGAGCCCAACAGCAACAAGGAGAUUGAGAGCUUUGCCCGCCGCACCUACAGUGUCUCUUUCCCCAUGUUUAGCAAGAUCACAGUCACCGGCACUGGUGCCCACCCUGCCUUCAAGUACCUGAUCCAGACUUCUGGAAAGGAGCCCACCUGGAACUUCUGGAAGUACCUAGUGGCCCCGGAUGGAAAGGUGAUAGGGGCUUGGGACCCAACCAUGUCGGUGGAGGAGUUAAGGCCCCAGAUUACAGCGCUUGUGAGGAAGCUCAUCCUGAAGGAGCGAGAAGACUUGUAA